ACAGAGAAAUUUAGGUUGGAAGGGACCUCUGGUGGUCAUCUGGUCCAACCUCCUGCUCAAAGCAUGUUCAACUAAAUCAAGUGCAAGAUGUCUGCCCUGAGGCUGAUUUCUAACAGAACCUCCCAACAGGCCUUGUCGAACUCUGAUUACACCUGGGAGUACGAGUACUAUGAGUAUGGACCAGUGUCGUUUGAAGGCCUGAAGGCUCAUAAAUAUUCCAUUGUGAUUGGAUUUUGGGUUGGUCUCGCAGUUUUUGUUAUCUUCAUGUUUUUCGUCCUGACCCUGCUGACAAAGACAGGAGCACCACAUCAAGACAAUGCAGAACCUUCUGAAAAAAGAUUUCGAAUGAAUAGCUUUGUGGCAGAUUUUGGAAGACCUCUAGAGUCGGAGAGGGUCUUUUCUCGUCAAAUAGCUGAAGAAUCCCGGUCACUUUUCCAUUUCUGUAUUAAUGAAGUGGAACAUUUGGACAAAGCGAAACAAAGUCAGAAAGGUCCAGGUCUGGAGAGUAAUAUCCACUUCCAGGAAGUUCCCAGGAGCAGUGGGCUGUUUGAGGAGGACCUAAAUUGUCUUACAAAAUUUAACAUUCCUAACUUUGUGAACACUGAGCAGAACUCUUCACUAUGUGAGGAUGACCUCCUCAUCUCAGAGCCACCAAUCGUUUUAGAAAGCAAAUCGGUCAUGCAAUCUUCCCAUCGGAUCCUUGACUGAAAAGUCUUUUACUUUGAGGUAAACAUGCCUGUUACUGUCCAGUUAGAAGCCUUUCUUGGCCUUCUGGUAUUUUGAUAGAAGGUAUUUCAGACCUGUGCUUUUUAUUGUACAUAAGACUGGCUGUGCUGACAAAUCUCAGUUUAGACAAGAAGUGCAACACUGAAUGUUUU